AUGCUGACAUCGUCACGAUGCCCGUGGACCGCCGGUGCACCGGCUGCUGGGUUUCUGCUGGACGCUGCGGCAAGCGACGUUCUCAUCACAUCUAGGCGGCUUCAGGUCCUGUCGUACGUGCUGGCGGAGCUCAGCAGCGCGGCGAUGCUUCUGGACGACUACGUGAGGAGCAUCCUGAACAUCCCGCACAGACUCCUCACAGCGUGGCAGAGCAUCGCCGUCUCAGCGAGGGCCCGGCAGGCGACACAAGCGCGUGGCGGUGGGGCGCUACGAAAGCCCCCCCUCCGCGGUGGUCAAGAGGAGAGGUUGGCGCAACACACACCGCUGGGGACGCGCGGCCCGAGCAAUCCCAGCAUCAAUGCUGCGCCGCCGCCGCCGCCGCAGGAACAUGCGAGGUCCAGUCCGCGUGUGUGUGCGAAGCUGCUUGCACAGCUUCAUGCGUGCCGACUGAUGGAGGACGAUGCGGCGCGCCAGGUGGAGCUGAUCCGGCGCACGGUGGUGAUGGCGCUGUUUCAGCAGUACCUCCAGGUCGCCGUGGAGAGGAGCAUGGAUGACCUCGUACUGCGGGACUGGCUCGGCCCCGGCUCGGGCUCUACACCAAACCCAACGCGCCUCGGCGGACAACAUUCGACGUCGCAGGAAAGGGGAGAAAGCCCAUUUUCAGACCUCUCCGACGACGACGAGAACGACACGGUUGGAGGCAGCGAGGAAUUGAAGCGCGCGACGCCGUGCAAUAAGCGCUCACGCGGCGACAAAAUCUCCUCCUCGCGUCCGACACCACGCUUGAGUUUGACCACCGCCUCCGACGAUGACGAUUGGGGUGCGGUGGGGGCGCAUGUAAAGAUUUCCGUGAGUCUGCAGUCUUUUAUGCGGGCAGCUGUUGCCCUCAACCCCACCACCUGUGCCCUGCAGCUCAUCUCCCGCUGCGUCAUAUACGCCCGGCACGUCUGUAAUGUAGACGACGAGAACGCAACGUCCGCUGACAGGACAGAGGGUGAGAGUGGGUUAUUUUGCGUGGUUGUGGCAAGCCGGGCGGUGGGGACCUGCGAACACACUGGGCCCUGCUUUGGCAAUCGUAAAUUUUUUUUUGUGAGAUGCCGGGAGCCGGGGCUGCGGCGCAGCAGAGACGCCUCGGCCGCCACACCGUGGAAAGGGGGCGCCGCGUUGGCCCCGGCCGCACGAGGGCCGCACUUGUGGCAUCCUACCAGCCUUCGCAGAACCUCUGCCGUGCCGGGCGCUUGCCGGGUGUGGAGGCAAAUGACCCGGUCGACGCCGUGGAGGGCGGCGGGACAGACAUCGGAGUGGCGGCGGAGAGCGCUGACCUCUGGCCGCGGCCUGGGGAUGCCAUUUCCCUGUGUGCCGUGGCGGCGCGCGGCCCAGCACGCCGCGGGGCUCCGCACACGGGUUGAGGGGACGCAGUUGAGCCUUCCACGUGUGGCUACCGCGGUGGCCGGCGGUAGUGCCGUCAGGCAAGACGGGAGGCGGCCCAGCGGCGGCGGCAGCGUCAGCGCUUCACCGCCCCGGCCGCGCUCGAUGACAGGGGGCGAGGGCGUGCGUCGCGUCAGUUGUCCCGACGAUAAGCAUCACCCCCACCCCCACCCCCACCAAAGGCGUCAACCUCACGAUGUUGCCGACGACGACGACGACGACGACGACGACGACGACGACGACGACGAC